AUGCCUUCACUUUAUAAUCUCGAUGCUGAUGGUUUGUACUCGCGCCAUUUCAGUGAAUCACUUGUCGGUAGAUUAGAUGCACCUAAUGUUCCUCUUAUACCUACUUCCGACGAUCGAGAUGUUGCUACAAUUCAAAUAAACUCUGGCUCUGAUGCGCCAGCGUCUGGAUUCGCAUCUCUCUUGGCAUCUGCUCGUCUCCUACAACAAGAGACAAUUAUGGAUGUCUGCUCCUCCAAUCUUAUGGCUGAUCGAACUCGGGACCGUGCAUCUUCUGAGGGUGCCGGUUGCACCGAUACCUUGCCUGAAUUGAGAAACUCAAAUGAGACUAUGAUUGGCCUCAGUGUCACACAGCUGGCACCAGAUGAUGGGGACGAUGGUGAUGAUGACGAUGAUGAUACUGCUCGUCUAGCUAGCUCUAAUCCAGUUGAUAUAUGCUCCAGAACUCGAGAAGAUACUGGGCGAACUAGAACAAAGUCGGCCAGUGAUGACAACAUCAAUACAUUACAACGACAUCAUCGUCGAAAUCGUAGGAAUAGUAGGCGCCGUCGAUAUCGUCGAUCUAGAGAGCAGGAAUUGUCUUCUGGCUCUCGUCGGGCGAGUACCUUAACAGCAAGUGCUAUCACUCUUGAUGGAGGUGAUGUCUCGGAGCAAGAACAAAAUAGGCCGAUUUUAGAUGACUAUUUGGACGACGUGAAUCAACUUGGACCGCGAACGUAUGAUAACGAAGAUGAUGAUGAGGGUGAGGACCUUGUUGGUAUCGGCGAGGAUGGAGACGAGGAUGAUUAA